AUGACAUUUGAGAGACGGAGUAUAAUAAAGUUAUAUCUUCAUCGACUAAUUAACUCAUUGGUUCCACCGGAAUUGGGAGAUGAAUAUGUUCAAAGUAUGGCCAAUGCUUUAUAUCAACAACUCAUAAACACACAUAACCAAGGUCAUGAAAUAUCUACAAUUAUCAAUAAAUAUAAAACAUUUUUUCUUAGUAAUUCAAAUAAACAAGAUUGGGAAAAAUUUCAAGAAAUAAUUACUGCAUUAAACAAAUACAGGACAUUGGAUCAAAUAUCAAACUAUUUGGUUUUCAUGGAUGAAUUGAAAGGAAGUUCUAUAUUGUCAAAACCCGAUAAAUUGAAUUCAUCCAGUUCCGAUUUCAAUGUAUCGAACAACAAGACAUUAUCCCAAUUAAUUGAACCAUAUUAUGAAUCAUUAUCAGAAGACACAAUUUUAACUUAUUUACCGUACACUUUGAUGGGUAUGGAUUCAAAAUUAUUUCAAUUUACAAGAGAUGGCAAUUCAAUCGAGAUACCCAAAACCAUAAACAAUAGCUAUAGCUCACUACUAAAGUUGAUUUUUGAAUACUCAUUACUUUAUAAACGACUAUUAGCCUGUGUUGAGAUCAACAAAGGCAAAAUGAGAUCAGCAAUAAAGUCAGCAUAUUUUGCAUUAGUUGAAGAUUAUUUGAAGUUAUAUUCUCAAGAUAUUAAUGAACUAUUUGUCAAUAAACCAUCAUCGAUUCUUUUUGUCUAUACUUCAAUAUUCGACUGGAUUUUCAAAUUGAGAUUCUUGUAUAGAACAUCUUUGAAAAUGGAAAAUUUGGACGGGGAUAAAUUUUUAACUUAUGUACAUAAAUUCACAGAAUUUGGUGAUCAACCCAUAAAAGAGAUAGCUCUAAAGACAUUUGAUAACAUUGUUAGGCCAUAUUAUAAUAUUUUGGAGUUCUGGUUAAUCAAAGGGGAAUUAAUAGACCAAAACGAUGAAUUUUUCAUAUCAUUUGAUGUUAAUGAGAAAGAAUUCAAUAAAAUCAUAAAAUUUCAUUCAUCAAAAGUUCCCAGUUUCAUACAGUCACCUGAAAAAGUUUUUCAAAUUGGUAAAACAUUAAUCUUUUUAAAUAAAUAUUGUAAAGAAUUACAGUGGAUAAAUAAUUAUAACCUGAAAUAUUCGACUAAAAUUUAUUCACAAAAUGAUGGAUUAGCAUCUAUGGGAAUUGAUGAAAUUCUUGAAAUAAUAGACGAGCAAUAUAGAGACAUUCUAAAUACAUUGACAUUAAUAAUACAUCUGAAGAAUAAAUUUUUUGAUCAUUUGACUAACUUCAAAACAUUUUAUUUCAUGGGAGUUAAUGAAUUUACGGAAUCGUUAAUCAUUAAAGGAGAAUCAAUUUUCAACGAAAAGGCAAUAGAUAUUUCUUCAAGUCAUUUACAUAAAAUAUUAUUUGACGCAGUCCAAGUUUCAUCCAUUAAAAAACUAUCAAGCGAAUAUCUAAACAGGUUAGACACGAAGAUUUUUAAUUCAAAGUCUAACACCUUUGGUUGGGAGUCAUUUUUAAUAGACUACAGAAUUGACGAUCUACCUUUCUUUUUCCUUCUUGAAGAUCAAAUAAUUCAAUAUUUGAAAAUAUUUCAUUUCUUUUGGAAAAUACGACAUCUUCAAAUAUUAUUUAAUUCAAAUUAUCAAAACUAUAUGGAAUUGGGCCUAAAAAUUAAAAAAAUAGGAAGAACUGGAGAGCUAUCACGAGAAUACGGGAAAUUGUUAAGUUCAAUUGAUCAAAUAAACAUUAUACGGAAUCAUUUUAUUAAAUUUUUACAAGAUGUGGUUUUGUAUUUAACCUACGAAGUUAUAGAGGAAUCUUUUAACGAAAAUAUAGUGAAAAAGUUUUAUUACAACAAUAAUAAGUCAAAUUUGUUAUUAGACAAACUGUUUUUGCCUCAAACUGAACAAUCGAAUGUUGCAGAGGAAUUGGAAGCGGUCAAAAAUGUGAAUAGAUAUACAAUUGAUGAAUUAAUAACUAUACAUGGAACUUAUCUUGGUAAAAUUGUUAACACAAAACUUCUUGAUGAUUCAAAUCUAGGUAAAAGAUCAAAUAUUAGUUUUGUAAGUCAAAUUCAUGAUUUCUUACAAAUAUUUUACAGAUUUAUUAAUUUAAAUCAAGAAUAUUUGGGAAUAUUGGAGGAUUUUCUAUUCAUUUAUGAGAACAAUUUACAAGGAAAUAUCCUGAAUAUAGAAAAUGAACUAGAUGAAAUCUUAUUCACUUUGGAUAGAAUAUUUAAAAAGUUGAAAAAUGAAUAUUUUGAAAAUGAAUAUAAAUGUUUGUUGGUUGAUUUUAAAGAGGAUUUAAAACUUGACAAUGAAUUGAAAGAGUUUGGAAGCUGUUUGUAA